AUGUCGAGGUCGGAAGGAUGCAAGGGGCGCAGGCGGAAGCAUUCGAAUACCAUCCGUCGAGCCAAGCCGCGCAAGAACAGCAAAAAGGAGCCAAAGGCAUCGAAGCCCGACAAGAGCGGCAAGACGGGCACUUACAAGCGCAAACAGCGACGCGUUUUGAAGCUGCGCCGUCGCAACGACGACAUUCCCGGAUGCGAAGAGGUGCCCGACGUGGCCCCGCCAGAGGAGGCCCUGGAGCCGCACAGCGAGGACGAGGCGGGUUACCUGGAGUCGUUGCUGAACCGCGAGGGCGGCGGGUCAUCCGAGCCGACCAGCCCGAGCGGACCAUCGGAAUACCAAUGCCAGAUGCGAAUUUCCCCGUACAGCAACGCCGUCUCGACGAGCCAGUCGCACCAGAGCAACACCACCGCCAGACGGGCAUACUACAAUGAGCACCACCAGUACUCGGCGAGCCUCGUCUUUGACGACGACGGCGAGCAGCACCAGCAUCAACACAUUGAACGUCGCCCCUCCAUGCUCGACAACCCGCACGUGAAGAUGCUGACGAGCUCGCUGGGCGGCUUCUGCGGGCAGAAGGCGCGCGGCGCUGCCGAGUUCCUCUCCCAUCGGCCGGCGCUGAUGAUGAUCGGCAUCGGCAUCCUGGUGUUGUACUUGUUGAUGAGCCUCAUGGAGAUGUCGAUCGUGUACCUGCUGGAUCCGAUCUUGCGCUUCUGGUGGACGCACUCGCACUACAUUCUCGUCCUCAUCGGCCAGGGCUUCCGCUCGGCGGCAAACUGGUUCUACACGGCCGACACCGUCACCGAUGCGUGGUUCUGCGACUUGGCGGAGACGUGGUGCACGCGGUUCGGCUCGCUGUGCGACCGUCGUUGCUCGCAUCUCAACCGCGCCCUCGGCCAUCUCCGCCCCACCGAACCC